AAGACACUGUACCCGGUCACGGCGAGGUUACGUGUGUUUGUUUGAUCUAUGGUUUGAGGACGAUGGCACCGAAGUUAGUUCACGUCGAUGGCUUUGAUGCCGUUGUGAAGGCGUUAGAUGAGCACAAAGGAAGCUCGGUUGUUUUUGUUCUAUUCUGUGGAUCCCGUACCGCUAGAGGCGUGAGCUGGUGUCCAGACUGCGUAACGGCCGAACCUAUUAUUCACGAGUCCUUCAAGAAGUGCCCGGACGAUCAUGUGCUCAUACACUGUACUGUCGGAGAGAGAAACUUCUGGAAAGACAAGGCCUGUAUCUUUAGAACUGACGCACGAUUCAAGUUAAACGCUGUGCCAACACUAAUGCGAUGGGGCAAGCCUCAGCGGUUAGAAGAGACGCAGUGCACGGAUCCUGGCCUCGUUGACAUGCUAUUCGAAGAUGAAUAAAGUUGCCUGUAGGUGGCGCCACGAUUCAGUUUUUAGUUUUCAGGAAAUCGUACAUUUCCAAAUGCUGAAGUUUGUCCUUGUAUACUGCUUGGUAAUUUAACAUGUGCCUCUUUUCACAACAACAAUAUAAUACUGAAUUAGUCAAUUCGAAUGUCCUAAUAAUUUAAAAUGAGAACACCCUAAAGAAAAUGAUGUUUUAUAUUAUUUUCAAUCAGGUCAGCUAUCCAAUUUCGAACUUCCAAGAUUAUGCAGUCAUUGUUAUUGAGAACUACUGCACUAACGGGAGUGUAUAAAUGUAUUUAAGUAUUUUAAUUAGAUAAAGUAGUAUUCUGGAUUAUGUUUCACCUAGAAAUUUCAAAUAUUGUAAUUAUGUGAUAUGUUGCAAAUACAGUUUCAUACAUACAGUAAUGUGGUUUAACUCUAUAAAGAGAUGUUGUGAAUUAGUUUAUGUGGCUAUAAGCCUGGUUAUGAACAAUGACAAAAAAUGUUAAUAAAAAAUAAUUGAUGACUACAU